GCUCCUUUAGCCAGGCGCUCAGCGGGAUUCACAGCUCCGAGCCCGUAACGGCGAACGGCGUUUGUUUGUCAAUAAACGGUUGCCUUGGUAACCGAAUUCUGAACGAGCUGAAUUCGUUACACUGUGACGCACUACGGUUCUGCUGCCCUGGUAAGCGCGCGAGCGGAAUUCCAGCGCACUUGAUCGUAACGGUUUGGAACGCGCCCACAAUGGCGGUCCGCGUUCUCCGCACGAGCAGAGCGCCGCAGUGCUCGCCGGGAGAGGAGGAGAGGAGAUGGUUUAUUUGAGGAGAUCUGAGUAAUCCAGGGGAGCAGGUGGUCCCCGGGCUGCUGCUGACCACACUGCGACCCCAGCGCACAGUUUGUCUUUCUCUCAACAAUGCUUUCGCUUAAAGAAAAAGACAGUCCCAUUGUCAGAAAGCUGCUGGACGCUGGCUGCUGUGCGAGAUGCGUCCUCCGGUUUUGCUGCGUGGGAAAGUGUUCUUCGUAUCAGCUGCCCAGUGAGGACAUAAACAAAGAGCUGUUAGCUUUCCUCAGUGAGGCUGACGGUGAGCAAUCCCAUGGCGCCGCAGAGCAAACACAGACUGAAGAUCCACCCUGUAAGAAGCUGAAGCUGGACUCGGCGCCGGUCGGACAGGACGGCAGCUCGGAGGCUUCUGCAGCGCACACUGAGCCUAAUGUCCAGUCGGAGAUCUGCGUGGCCUGUUUGGGGGUCCUGCAGGACUUCUGUGAUCUGAGUUACACCAAACAGGUGUGUGAGGUUGUGAGAAAAGCGGACUACAAGUUUGGCAGUCUGGUGCUGGCUGUGUCUCUUCCUGCUCAGCUGUCGGUCAGAGAACAUUCCUGCUGGCUACACAUCAAGAAGGAAGUCAAGGAGAAGAGCAUGUGUCUGGAUAAGGAGGAUGUGGUUCAGGUGAAGGAUGCUUUUAAGUGGGCAAUACAGGGAAUGGUGGGCAAAGAACUGGGAACACCUGUACUGACUAACAGUCUGUUUGAAGUCAGUGUGGGUUUCACACACCCAGAAACAGAGGCAGACUGUCAUUUCCUGGCUACAACCUGUUCUGACUGCUUCAAGCCUACUAAGAAUAAAGCAUCUGUCUUUACCAGGAUGGCGGUAGUGAAGGCACUAGACAAAAUUUCAGAUGCAAAGUUUCUUAGACAUUACCCCUGUCCACCUGUCAGACCAGCCAGCAAGUGCACUCCACUGGACACCACAUGCCUGCAUACAUCUGUCUUUAUAGCAGGGAGGUAUAAUAAGUUCUCUCGUGAGCUUCCUCAGACUCCAUGGGUGAUAGAUGGAGAGAGGAGGAUGGAGGGAUCAGUGGAAGAGUUGAUAGCUGAUCCUCUCCUCUCCUCCUUCAGGGCCGAUGGUUUUAACUUUUCCUCAUCUGGGAGAGAAGAUGUGGACGUACGAACCUUAGGGAAUGGACGGCCGUUCGCUAUGGAGUUACUGAACCCCCACAGAGCGAAGUUUAACGGAGCAGAGGUCAGACAGCUUCAGGAGGUGAUCAAUGCGUCCUCUGAUAAAAUACGAGUGAGGGACCUGCAGAUUGUAACAAGGGAUGCUAUGGGCCGAAUGAAGGAGGGAGAAGAGGAGAAGACUAAGUCCUACAGUGCCCUCAUCUGGACCAAAAAGGCCAUAACUAACAGUGAUCUGGACUUUAUUGCAAACAUUAAGGAGCUGAAGAUUGAUCAGAAGACUCCUCUGAGAGUGCUGCACCGCAGGCCGCUGGCUGUCCGGCAGAGGGUCAUCCACUCCAUGAGCGCUAGCUACCUGGAUACGCACCACUUCAGACUACAGCUGCACACGCAGGCUGGGACCUACAUAAAGGAGUUUGUUCACGGAGACUUCGGCCGCACUAAGCCCAACCUCUGCGCGCUCAUGGAGUCUGAGGUGGACAUUCUGGAGCUGGAUGUGGAGUCAGUGGACGUGGAUUGGCCACCUGCUGUACCAGAGUGACCGGUGGCAACAGCUUCUGAGGAAUAUUUGGAAAUAUUCAUCAGUUCCUGUAUCUGUUCCAGAGUCUACAAGCUGGCAAACUUUGGGCCUUACUUAAGGAAGUCCUUAACAUUGGCAGACGGUUGCUGCUCAGUUGGACAAUUAUAACAGGCUUAUUAUGGCCAAAUGUGCCUCAGUAUCUGAAAGACAUUGGUGCAGAUUCACUCCUAGACGUACAUGAAUCGGUUUACUGAAGGAUUCUAACGUUUGAUGAUUGAUGGACCAUUUAUUUUGGGCUGAUAGUAAGUCUGUGAAUGACCCCUAUGCUCAUUUUAUAAUAAACCACAGCUCAGUUUCAGUAGACCGCAGCUGUAAAAUCCUCUGCCUGCUUGUUUUUGUCAUGUGCUUCGCCAGCUGUAAUUGUAGCUCCCUCGCAUAAACAGAGAUUUACAGAAGGCCAUUAGUACAGUAAGCAUCACGUUUGGAAAUGUAGGUUAAAUCUUGCAUGUAUUAUUAGAUCUAGUCAAAACAUAAACACACCCCGCUUUUAAGAGGAUUUACUGCAUUUAAAGCAGUAGCUGAAAUAUGUAAAUAUUACUGAUUAACAUUAAUGCUCCGCAGACAUCAGACCACUGUAAACCCAACCUUGUUAUGAGUUUACUGUACAGAAGGGAAACGGAGUCGCAGUAGAGUUCGUCAUGCAACUCCGCUACUUAGCAAUGUUGUCAAACCAGGUCAAAUUAAAGACGGCUGAUGUAAAUUAUACAUAAAACAUAUCUGAUGGUAAUUUGACAGUUGACAAGGUGCAUGAGAGUACACUGAUACUGUACAAAGAUUAAACCCUUCCUGUCAGAUUGUAUGUUUUAUUGAUUUUCCUAUACAGAUAAUGUUAUUUUUAUGCAAAUUAGUAGUGCACAAUUUCCGUUUAUUUGCACAAACACAAAAUAUAAAAAGUGCCAUUUUUUUUUCCCCCACAGGCCACAUUUUAUAUUUAAUCUUUCCCCCAAUAUGUUGAAUUCAGCAAAUAAACAGUAAUUAUGCAUUAAAAUAUGCAUAAGUGUGUUCUCUGUAGAUGACGUCACUCUGUCUCAUAGAAAGUCAUGUUUGUUUUUUGCUGUGUUGUGACUGGACUAAAAUUUGAGCUUCCUGUU